AUGGUUAUGAUGAUACCAAAAGUAUUACCUAUUCCUUUUCCGCAACAAUCAUCGACGAUUAAUCGUAGGAGAGACUUAUUUGAUAUUCCAUCAUAUGCUGGUUCUAUUGAUGAAGAAUUACCUCCUUACGAAGGUUUUAGUUUACCUAAAUAUCAUCACAUUAUCAAUGAAAAUAUUUCUUCUAAUGGAGGUGACCAAGGAUCAAUUGCUUCUCCUCAAGAAACCAUUCAAAUGAACGUCCUUCAUAGAUUAACUUAG